CGGGGUCCUCGCGCCCCGCACACCCGCACGCACGGCCCGGCCCGCAGUGAGCAUGGGCGCGGCGGCCGUGCGCUGGCACUUGUGUGUGCUGCUCGUCCUGGGCGCGCGCGGGCGGCUGGCGGGGGGCAGCGGGCUCCCAGGGGCCGUCGACGUGGACGAAUGCUCGGAGGGCACAGACGACUGCCACAUUGAUGCCAUCUGCCAGAACACGCCCAAGUCCUACAAAUGCCUCUGCAAGCCAGGCUACAAGGGGGAAGGCAGGCAGUGUGAAGACAUCGACGAGUGUGAGAACGACUACUACAACGGGGGCUGUGUCCACGAAUGCAUCAACAUCCCGGGGAACUACAGGUGCACCUGCUUUGACGGCUUCAUGCUGGCACAUGACGGACACAACUGCCUGGAUGUGGACGAGUGUCAGGACAACAACGGCGGCUGCCAGCAGAUCUGUGUCAAUGCCAUGGGCAGCUACGAGUGUCAGUGCCACAGCGGCUUUUUCCUCAGCGACAACCAGCACACCUGCAUCCACCGCUCCAACGAGGGUAUGAACUGCAUGAACAAAGACCAUGGCUGUGCCCACAUCUGCCGGGAGACGCCCAAAGGUGGGGUGGCUUGUGACUGCAGGCCCGGCUUUGACCUUGCCCACAACCAGAAGGACUGCACAUUAACCUGUAACUAUGGAAACGGAGGCUGCCAGCACAGCUGUGAGGACACGGACACAGGCCCCGUGUGCGGCUGCCACCAGAAGUACGCCCUGCACUCAGACGGCCGGACAUGCAUCGAAAAGGAUGAGGCUGCAAUUGAGCGCUCUCAGUGCAAUGCCACGUCAGUAGCUGAUGUGGACAAGCGGGGGAAACGGCGGCUACUCAUGGAGACGUGUGCAGUAAAUAACGGAGGCUGUGACCGGACGUGCAAGGACACGGCCACCGGCGUGCGAUGCAGCUGCCCGGUUGGAUUCACACUGCAGCCGGAUGGGAAGACGUGCAAAGACAUCAACGAGUGCCUGGUCAACAACGGAGGCUGCGACCACUUCUGCCGCAACACCGUGGGCAGCUUCGAGUGCGGCUGCCGGAAGGGGUACAAGCUGCUGACGGACGAGCGGACGUGCCAAGACGUCGACGAGUGCUCCUUCGAGCGGACCUGUGACCACAUCUGCAUCAACUCCCCGGGCAGCUUCCAGUGCCUGUGCCGCCGCGGCUACACACUCUAUGGGACAACCCACUGCGGAGAUGUGGACGAGUGCAGCAUGAACAACGGGAGCUGCGACCAGGGCUGUGUCAACACCAAGGGCAGCUACGAAUGCGUCUGCCCCCCAGGGAGGCGUCUCCACUGGAACCGGAAGGACUGCGUGGACACCUGCGAGGCCGAGUGCGUGCGGAGGCGAGUGGAGCAGAGCCUGCAGGCCGCCGUCAAGACUCUGCGCAAGUCCGUCAGCCGGCAGCACUUCUCCGUCCAGGUCGCAGGCACUGAGUACGAGGUGGCCCAGCGGCCGGCCAAGGCCCUGGAGGGCCAGGGGACGUGUGGCACAGGCCAGGUGCUGCAGGAUGGCAAAUGCGUGACCUGCGGGCCUGGCACCUACUUCAGCGGAGAGCCAGGCCAGUGUGUGCCAUGCACGCCGGGGACCUACCAGGAUGGGAACGGCCAGCUCAGCUGCACACCGUGCCCCAGCAGCGACGGGCUCGGCCUGGCCGGUGCCCGCAACGUAUCCGAGUGUGGAGGCCAGUGCUCUCCAGGCUUCUUCUCCACCGACGGCUUCCGGCCCUGCCAGGCCUGCCCCGUGGGCACGUACCAGCCUGAGCCUGGGCGCACGGGCUGCUUCCCCUGCGGAGGGGGACUGCUCACCAAGCACGAGGGCACAGCCGCCUUCCAAGACUGUGAGGCCAAAGUGCACUGCUCCCCCGGCCACCACUACAAUACCACCACCCACCGGUGCAUCCGCUGCCCUGUCGGCACCUACCAGCCCGAGUUUGGCCAGAACCACUGCAUCACGUGUCCUGGCAACACCAGCACAGACUUCGACGGCUCCACCAACGUCACACACUGCAAAAACCAGCACUGCGGCGGCGAGCUUGGCGACUACACGGGCUACAUCGAGUCCCCCAACUACCCUGGCGACUACCCGGCCAAUGCCGAGUGCGUGUGGCACAUUUCGCCGCCCCCCAAGCGCAGGAUCCUCAUCGUGGUCCCCGAGAUCUUCCUGCCCAUCGAGGACGGGUGUGGCGACGUCCUGGUCAUGAGGAAGAGCGCCUCACCCACCUCUAUCACCACCUAUGAGACCUGCCAGACCUACGAGAGGCCCAUCGCCUUCACCUCCCGUUCCAGGAAGCUCUGGAUCCAGUUCAAAUCCAAUGAAGGCAACAGCGGCAAAGGGUUCCAAGUACCUUAUGUCACCUACGACGAGGACUACCAGAAGUUAAUAGAAGAUAUCGUCCGCGAUGGACGGCUCUACGCCUCGGAGAAUCACCAGGAAAUUUUGAAAGACAAGAAGCUGAUCAAGGCCCUCUUCGACGUGUUGGCGCAUCCCCAGAACUACUUCAAGUACACAGCCCAGGAGUCCAAGGAGAUGUUCCCACGGUCCUUCAUCAAACUGCUGCGCUCCAAGGUGUCCCGGUUCCUGCGACCCUACAAAUAACACUGGUGCAGCUGCCCUGCUUGGGGUGCCGGCUACCCGGGGAGGAGAGAGCUCCUCCCCUCCACAGUCGAAGCUAAAGGCGGCUCCGUGGGCCUCCACGCUGCCUUGGGAAUCGCCGUGGCGUCUGCCCUUCAGGAAUCGCUGGCCAGCCCGUGGCGGGCGAGACCACAUAUGCAGGCAGAGACCCCAGCCCGGCUGCACUCCUCUGAUGCCGCCCCCGUGGGAAAACGUUGCUUAAGGCAGCCUUUCUUGCUCCUUCCAGGACACCAAUAGCGCCCUCUCCUGAGCUGGCACCAGCGGACGCCACCCGGACCCAGGACGCUCGGCCACCACCCAGGCGGGUCCCGGGCAGAGCUGACCUUUGGAGGUUGCAUGUGCCCUUUGCCUGGUGCUUCGAGGGAGAGAGGGGCAUGGCUGCCAUGUCUCAGGGGGCUCUCAAAGGCAGAAUCCAAGACAGGAGGCCAGGCCGUGGAAGCAGGGGUGGUGAAGACUCGUCUGGGGGCUGUGAUAAGCCAGUGUCGAUGCUGGCAGGGCGUCCACACCCGCCAGCUCCUCUGGCCAUGGGCCCAGGACACGGGCGAGUGCGGUUGGGCUCUCAGGAUUCUGUGAUGGGACAGAAAAGAGGUGCUGGGAGAGGAAACUGUAGAUUUCUGCUUUCCCGUGAUAGAGCAUCUAAUUAAGUACUAUGUGUAUAUGAAUCUAAAGAUAAAGAUAUAUAUCCUUCUAUUUGUGGGUACUCUAGGAGAAUCCUCUUUAGCAACUGUAAAUAUUAAUCGCCCCGUCUUCUCCCAGCUGUCGCUGGCUUCCCUGACCGAUUAAACUGCUCCUCCAAGCACUUGCCAUGUCUGUU